ACCAUCUACCCAACGGGCGACGAAGGUAAAGAUUAUAUAGGUGAAGGCGAUGAAAUGGAGAGGAACCCAGCCUACCAGGUGAAGGAGAUUAAAUGCCAGCCUACCAGACCUCUGCCUCCCUCAUUCCCUCCUCCUCCAACCCUUCAUAUGCUGGACUCAACGUGACUGCUAAUGCACAAGUCUACGAAGAUGUUUCAGCCCUCUA